AUGUCUCGAGUUGGGCACCAAAGAGAAUACCACAUCGCAGUCCUCGGAUCUGGCGGCGUGGGAAAGAGCUGUCUUACGAUGCAAUUCGUUCAGGGAGUCUUUGUGGAGCGCUACGACCCCACCAUUGAGGAUUCAUAUCGCAAGAGUAUCGACGUUGACGGUAGACAAGUCGUCCUCGAGAUUAUGGAUACAGCAGGAACAGAACAGUUUACUGCGAUGAGGGACAUGUACAUGCGACUCGGCCAAGGCUUCCUCCUCGUCUUCAGCAUUACCUCGUCAUCCUCUCUCCGCGAAUUGAUCGAACUCCGCGACCAGAUCGUUCGAACGAAAGGCGACCCGAACUUCCCCAUGGUCCUCGUAGGGAACAAGUCUGAUUUGGAGGAAGAUCGGGUGAUAUCAAGAUCGAAAGCGUUCCAGCUGUCGCAGAGUUGGGGCAACAUCCCAUACUACGAAACCAGUGCGAGAAAGGCAACGAAUAUCAACGAGGUCUUCAUCGACGUGUGCAGACAGAUCAUACGCAAAGAUCUCAUUGCGAGACAGCGGCCGGACCAGGGAGGCCGAAAGAGACGGAAGCCACGCCACGAAGAAGCUCCGAGGAGUAGAGACAGAGGAGGUGGAGGUCUUCGAUGUGCCAUACUCUGA